UUUCCGUUAGAGGUUCGCGGUGCGUGGUGACGUCCUGUCCCACUGCUGUAAUUCUGCGUUUCCUGCUCCGGUGGCCUUGGCCGAGCUAAAGCAGACAUGAAGAUCACGAGGCAGAAACAUGCCAAGAAGCAUCUCGGUUUCUUCCGCAACAAUUUCGGCUUCCGAGAGCCGUACCAGAUCCUGCUGGACGGCACCUUCUGUCAGGCGGCGCUGCGGGGCCGCAUCCAGUUGCGAGAGCAGCUGCCGCGCUACCUCAUGGGGGAGACGCAGCUGUGCACCACCAGGUGUGUGCUAAAAGAGUUAGAAACACUGGGAAAGGAGUUGUAUGGGGCAAAACUGAUUGCACAAAAAUGCCAGGUCCGAAAUUGUCCCCAUUUCAAGACUGCAGUCAGUGGAUCAGAAUGUCUACUUGCCAUGGUUGAAGACGGGAAUCCCCAUCAUUACUUUGUGGCAACACAGGAUCAGAAUUUGUCCCUGAAAGUAAAGAAAAAACCUGGAAUUCCUCUUAUGUUCAUUAUACAGAACACGAUAGUCUUGGACAAACCUUCUCCCAAAACUAUUGCCUUUGUUAAAGCUGUAGAGUCAGGUCAGCUUGUCUCAGUGCAUGAGAAACAAAGUAUUAAACAACUCAAAGAAGAACAGGGAUUAGCAAAACACCCUGAGCAGAGAAGAAGAAAAAAGCACAAGAAAGUAAGUGGGCCCAAUCCUCUUAGCUGUUUGAAGAAAAAGAAAAAAGCACAGGAUACACAAUCAUCUACUUCUGAAAGGAAAAGGAAAAGGAAAAGAAUUCGGAACAGAUCUGCCCCAAAGACGCUUUCUGAAAAGCAGGGUGCUGAAGGACAAUGAAUCCACUGGAUACUUUAAAAGACUUUACAAAACUUUUAUUUUUAAAAACUGUGGUUGUUUACAAUAAAAGGCCAAUUUUAUUUUUGUAAAUGAUAUUGAUUCAUAAGCUUUUGCAUAAAAUUAUUUGUGUGAAAAGAAACAAAAUAGUGUAUAAGUUUAAGCGUGACACUGUUCACGUUUAUUAGUGAUUUUGGAGAUUUUUUUUUUUUAAGGUAAGAAUAUUGUAUCUGUCUUAUACUUCUUCCCAUCCUUGCCAUUAUAAUGGGGAUAGUUUUCUUAAAAAAAUGAAAAAAGACAGUUUCCUUUUUCCAUGUUCAGAGAGAAAACUUACUCUUUUAACUCAGCUAAUGAUUGUAGAAUUUA